AUGGCUCCUACACUAUUAUGGAUUGGCCUCGGGAAUAUGGGGAGAGGCAUGAGCAAAAACAUCGUUGAAAAGGGCAAUCUAGACGGACCACUACUCCUGUACAACCGCUCCACCAAGAGGACGACUGACUUUAGUGCUACACUUCCCAACGGCAAGACUGAAGUUAUUGAGUCCCUUGCCGAUGGCGUAGCGAGGGCAGAUAUCAUCUUCUCUUGUAUCGCCAAUGACGAAGCUGUCCAAGAGACUUAUAAAACAAUACUCGAGAGCGAUGUCAAAGGCAAGCUCUUUAUCGAGAGUUCAACUAUCCACCCAGAGACAACCGAAGCCAUUGCGAAAGAUGUCAUCGCCAAGGAUGCCGAGUUCGUUGCCGCACCUGUGUUUGGUGCCCCUGAGAUGGCCGAAGCUGGCCAGCUUGUCGGUGUGCUCGCUGGACCUGCUGCCAGUGUCACAAAGGCAAAGGCGUGGUUCCAGGGUGUCACCUCCAAGGGCGUCAUUGACCUUUCCGAUAAGCCGUAUAGUAAGGCUUUGACCCUUAAAGUCCUCGGAAACACCUUCAUCUUGAACAUGGCCGAGCAGCUCGCCGAGGCUCAUGUUGCAGCGGAAAAGACCGGACUAGGCACUGAAGCCAUUCACCAAUUCGUCCAGUCGGUUUUCGGAGGACCAUACGCCGCUUAUAGCAAGCGUAUGUUGAGUGGAGAUUACUACAAGCAUGAUGAGCCACUUUUUGCAGUCGAGCUAGCAAGAAAGGAUGCUCGACAUGCUAUGAGUUUGGCCAAGUCUGCUGGUGUUCAACUUCGAAAUGUCGAGGCCGCAGAUGCGCAUCUGGCAAUGGCCUUUGACCACGUUGGUCCAUCUGCAGACAUGGCUGGUAUCUACGGGGCUGUUCGUAAGGAAUCUGGUCUUGAGUAUGAAAACAAUGCUUAG